AUGGCCAUGGCGACCUCCACCUUCUCCCCGCGCCCCGCCACCCUCAACAAGCCCCUGCGGGCGGGCAUCCAGCUCCACCUCAUCCCCUUCCCGCACCUCCGCGCCGGCCGCCUCGUCUGCGCCACCGCCGCCGGGGAGGCGCCGCCCGUCGAGGUCGGCAGCGGGACGAGGCGGAGCCGGCCCCCGCCGCGGCCUCCAACGGGGCCGCCGUCAAGGCCGAGGCGCCCGCCGCGAAAACCGAGCCCCCGCCGGUCCCGGCCUUCCGCGACGCCAGAGGCCAGGAGGAGGAAAUGGCUUGAAGAUUAUCCAGAGGCGACUAGCACAGAUGAGGCCGUCGUCUUCGACACUUCAAUUAUUCCAUGGUGGGCAUGGAUGAAGCGAUUCCACCUUCCUGAAGCCGAGAAGCUAAAUGGUCGCGCUGCCAUGGUUGGCUUCUUCAUGGCAUACUUUGUGGAUAGCUUGACGGGCGUGGGCCUUGUCGACCAAAUGGGCAACUUCUUCUGCAAAACGCUGCUAUUUGUUGCCGUCUCUGGUGUACUGCUAAUCAGGAAGAAUGAGGACAUUGAAUCACUGAAGAAGCUUAUCGACGAGACUACGUUCUAUGACAAGCAAUGGCAGGCAACCUGGCAAGAAGAUUCCACCGGGGGGCCAAAGAAUUAG